AUGCCUCUCAACGCCGUACGAUCGUCGAAGCUACAUCAAUUGGCUGGCUUGAGGGAGAAGCUGGCUCGAGUGCUCGAGGAGGAAGAGGACUGGUCGAGCGCCGCCAAGGCACUGCUGUCGAUCUCUGUUGACACAGGCAAGAGAGCCACGGACGAGUACAAGCUGCAGCUCUACAUGCGCGCUGUUCGCUUGUUCCUCGAGGACGACGACUCUGUAUCAGCAGAAGGUCCGUUCAAUCGGGCCUCACUCAUCAUUCACACCUCUACCGACAUUGCCACGCAGCUCUCUUAUCGGCUGUGUCAAGCGCGCAUCCUCGACUCGCAACGCAAGUUCAACGAAGCGACGACAAAGUAUCAUAAUCUCAGCUUUGCCGUCGAAAUUGACGAAGAGGAGCGUUUGAUCUUUCUACAACAAGCCAUCACAUGCGCCAUCCUUGCACCCGCUGGACCGAUUCGCUCCCGUGCAUUGUCAUCGCUCUUCAGGGAUGAGCGUUCUGCGCAGACGCCUUUCUAUGCGGUUCUGUCCAAGAUGUUCCUCGAUCAGAUGAUCCCAGAGUCAGAAGUGACAGCAUUCGCGGCUUCACUCAAGCCUCACCAGUUAGCCAAGCUACCGCCGUCGUCUGUCGUCAUACCGGAGACCGAUGAGGAUCGGGCAGCGCCAUCUACAGCUCGACGGGCGCCCAUGAACGUUCUCGACCGAGCCAUCAUGGAACAUAACCUACUGAGCGCAUCCAAGCUCUACCUCAACAUCACAUGUACUGGUCUGGGGCUACUGCUAUCACUCACCCCUUCUGCUGCCGAAGUGUUGGCCAGAACGAUGGUGCAGCAAGGUAGACUGAGUGCGACGAUCAAUCAGGUCAGCGGACUGAUCGAAUUCGAAGUCAAGCCGAAAGAAGUCGAGGCUGCUGUUUCCAACGUCGGCAUCGCAGCAGCAGCGACCGAUCGUCAAGAAGAUCAAGUGCACGCGCCUGCAACGGUACAAUGGGACAUGAGGAUCCGUCAAGCCAACCAGAUGACUGAGGACAUCGCCAUGCGCAUUGCUCAAUUACACCCAGUCCUAGCCUAG